AUGUCGGCUCCACUUGUAGCAAAUGAUGAAUACGAUUGUAGUAUAAUCGGGCUCGUUAGGUAUUCUAUUCGAUUAUAAAAAUUGGAAUCAACGCUUAUCAAUAAUUUUUCUUUUCAGAGAUUUUGAAGAUUUAUCACUUUAUGAUUCGUAUUUUGGUGAUGACCCGUUGAGUGAAGAUGAUGAUAUUUGGCAAAAUGAAAGGGAAGCAAAAGAAGAUGAAGAGGUUCUCCAGAAAGAAAGAGAAGAGAAAGAACAGGAAGAGCUUGCCGCGUGUCGUGAGAGGUUAGAUUUUUUCACAAUUUAUCACGCUCAAACUCGGCAAAAAAACUUGAGCAAGGGCGCGUUUGGAAAUUUGUGUGGUCCUCAUUAGACUGCUUUAAUGUACCGCUAUAGGCUAAAACUGGAUGAGGUGUAUUUUCAAAAAAAUGGGGUGUAAAUUCUAAACAAACCCCCAUCCAGUGUUUUAUGUAAUUUAUAAUACAUUUGGAUUUUUUUUCAAUGAAUAACUUCCCAUAAGACAAUAUUCGAAUAUAAAACCAAACCUUUUUAGGGGGUGCGAUCUAUUCCUUGUCAAUAUUUUUAAAUUUUCCAGACCUAUGCUAAGAGGAAGAAGAAAGCUCAAAAGAAAAAAAUCAUAUGAUCAUAGUUCGUCCUCUGAAAGCGAAAGCGAAGAUGAAGAAACAUUAGAAGAGAAAGAAAGAAAGCAUAUUAUUCGAAUCGAGCUCAUCCAAAGGUUAGAUUUUUUCAGAAUUAUUUGACUUUCAAUAGUUUCAAAGAAAUUUUUUUUCACGAAAAUAAUUUCUAACUUAUGUAUGAUUCAAUAAAUUUGAAAUUUCCAGAAACAUUCGAGAGUCACUGGAACAACGAAAACGUCAACGAUCUGAAAGUUCUGAUUGUGAGGCAUAUUCAGGCAAAAAAGAGUGCAAGUAAAUAUUCUCCUCUUCAUAAUCAUCAUCAUUUUUGUUUGGUUGCAAUUCGUUUGUUUUUCGUUUAUGAAGCUGCGGUGAUUAUGUUCUCAUGCGCUGUUCAAAGGUGAGUAUAUAGGGUUUUCUCAUAAUAAUGCUAGUCCUAAUUUCAAAGUGACAAAAUUACAGGUUGGUUAUGUCAAGUUUUGGCCACGUAUUUUCGUCUUCAUCCACCUUCGUACAUUUGGUCGUUCUCUGGCUUCUUCCUUUCUGGCUCACCAAUUCCCUUCCUAUUUUGACACCAUCGUUGCAGGUGUUUGUUGUUGCGACAAUGAUAAUAUUUUCUCCCCAAAAUAA